AUGCUGUUAACUGCCGAAAGUCUAUUUUUUUCUCUACGGCCUGGAGUCGCUCUCGCGGCAUGGCUCAUUAUUCUUGGGUUUGCGUACCUUAUUUCAAUACCAAUCUAUAAUGUCUGGUUCCAUCCGCUUCGAAAGUACCCUGGUCCCAGACUGUGGGCCGCAACUCGGAUCCCACUCACCCGUAUGAUCUUCUCUGGAAUGUCCCACCGGAAAAUCUACGAAUUGCACCAGACUUACGGAGACGUUGUGCGAGUAGCACCUGAUGAGUUAUCUUACAUUAACGGUGCUGCCUGGAAUGAUAUCAUGGGUCAUCGAAAACGCGGCCAGGGAGAGAACGGGAAAGAUCACAUCUUCUUCCAGUCGCAUAAGCACAGUGUUAUCAGUGCUAACCGCGAAAACCAUACUCGAAUGAGAAGAACCUUGUCUCACGGCUUUUCGGCUCAGGCAAUGUUAGAUCAGCAGCCUCUUAUACAAAGCUACGUCGAUAUGUUGAUAAGCAAAUUACGGGAGAACUGCGCCGAUGGUAAUCAGCCCAUGGAGAUGACGUCUUGGUAUAACUGGACGACAUUUGACAUCAUCGGGGACUUGGCCUUUGGAGAGCCCUUCGGCUGCCUGCAAAACUCCGACUAUCACCCUUGGGUAUCUCUCAUUUUCCAAAGGAUUCGUGUGAGCUCCAUCAAUACCGCUUUACGCCGAUUCCCGCUUGGAGAUAGUCUUAUUCAGCUGCUUGUUUCAAAGGAAGCACGCAAAAAUUUUGAUGCGCAUUUUCAACUUACACAAGAGAAGGUUAACAAAAGGCUGGCUGAAACCAACCCACGGUCAGAUUUCAUGGAAGUCAUGACUAAAAGGGAGGGCGACAUGAAAUUCUCUCGUGCUGAGCUCUGGGACAAUGCAAGCCUGCUUAUUAUUGCCGGAUCAGAGACAACCGCCACGACCUUGUCUGGAGUCACUUUUAUGCUGUUGACCCACCAAACAGUCUUCCAAAAAACGAUUGACGAAGUGAGAUCCAGCUUUUCAAAUGAAUCUGAGAUUGAUCUUCUCAGUGUGCAGAAGCUGAGUUAUAUGACGGCUGUGCUGCAAGAAACACUUCGGAUAUAUCCUCCCGUCCCGACCGCCAUACCACGCAGGGCACAGCCUGGCGGCGACGUGAUUUGUGGACAGUAUGUUCCAGAAAAUACUCUCUUGGGGAUUUGGCAAUGGCCAAUGUAUCAUAAUGCAAAGAACUUCACUUUGCCUGAUUCCUUUAUUCCAGAAAGAUGGCUUGGUGAUGCUCGCUUUUCGAGUGAUCCUCGAGAAGUGCUUCAGCCAUUUUCUUAUGGACCAAGAAAUUGUAUAGGAAAGAAUCUUGCGUAUGCCGAAAUGCGCUUGAUUCUUGCAAAAAUCCUGUGGAAUUUCGACAUCACUCUGCAUCCCGAUAGUAAGGAUUGGCUCCAAAAAAACAUGGCUUAUUCACUCUGGCAAAAGCCAAAUCUUAACAUUUACAUCAAGCCAAGGGUGGCCGCAUAG